AUGGAAGAGGUAGAGAUCAAACUGAUGGAGAUAAGGUGUAGAUUCACAGGCUUGUCUAUGGAGGUGUCCUUAGUAAUGGAGCUAGUAAUUUUUGGUUGCUUGUUAAGGCUAUAUAGAUUUGAGACUUGCUGCCGCCUUAGCUGCAUGGAGAAGCUAACUUCAACGAUAUCUAAAUUAGAGCUCCACCAUGAACAACAAUGCACCAAACCAUCAGAUUUUCUAACUGAAACUAAGAAGUCAUUGCUAGAGAUUGGGAGCUCUGCUGAUAUAAAUUGCUGUAGACUGCUUCAUCUCAUCAAGAUAUUUAGUUGCUUCUCUCCGGAACAGUUUACGUUCUCUAAGCUCCACCAUGAACAACAAUGCACCAAACCAUCAGAUUUUCUAACUGAAACUAAGAAGUCAUUGCUAGAGAUUGGGAGCUCUGCUGAUAUAAAUUGCUGUAGACUGCUUCAUCUCAUCAAGAUAUUUAGUUGCUUCUCUCCGGAACAGUUUACGUUCUCUAGUAAUCUGCAGUGUGUGAGCGCAGAGCUAGAGGUUCCUGGUAAUGGUCCUUACAGUCCGAUUUCGUUUUUGCCUGGUCUCCCAGUGGCUAUUCAGUGUGAGAUCACGCUGCUUAAUGUGCCAAGGGAUACCUGUUUGUGGCUGAGAAUAUCCAGAAGCGAUGAAACUUGCCAGUUUCUGUACGUGGAUCCAAACCUCUACAAUGGAGAUGCGAGAGAGAAGAAGUUCAUGUUUAAUGCAGUAACUUACAUUACCCCGAGGGCUGUUAUGUUCACAUUGCGGGUCUCAAUAGGCAUAGAGUGUUUGUCUGAAGACAUUUGUUACAGAAAAGGACGUCAUGGUCCCAAGCAUCCAGUGGCCUAUCUGUGUAAGGAAAGAGAAGUUCACCUUAACCUUGUUUCAAGAACCUAAUGACAAACAGUUGACAUGUUGUGAAUUAUGCAAAAGUUAGAGAUUCUUCAUUCUUGUUUUGAGAAACUGAUCAGUGUGGGAUAACUAUACACUGCUAACUGUUAAAGCUAAAGUAUAUGCGUUAGUAUUCCAACAAUAUAACCAGAAUUCAAAUGGGAAGAAUGUAGUAUAAUAUAUCUUCAGCUAUCACCUCAAGAUUCAA